UAUCAGGAGGUUCUGUACAAAGACUGGGUAAUUCCCAAAGGAACUAUCUUGGUAUCAAACAUCUGGCAAGCGGCAAUCAGCCGCGACCCACUCACCUACCCCAAUGGCGAUGAAUUCCAUCCAGAACGGUUUCUUACUUCUGAAGGUGGGAUUCGCCAGCCCCCACCUGAUACUCACGACGAUUUCCUCGCCUUCGGCUAUGGCCGACGAGUUUGUCCUGGGAGAGACAUGGCCAUCCGGAACCUCCGAAUCUGCGCUGCGUUCCUCCUAAGGGCUUUCGGCUUUCAGAAGGCACGGGGCGAGGAUGGGAAGGAAAUUACCCCAGACAGUAUGGCCAUGCUCGAUACCGGGUCCACGGUAUACCCAGCGCCUUUUAGAACCAGAAUCAUUUCGCGGCAGCCAGAUCUGGAGGAGCAACUGCCUUCUUGUGUACCUAAAUAG